UUAUCAGCUGCAUUGAGUGCAUUCCUGAUGAGAAGAAAAAAGAAGAAGAAGAAGAAGCAUAAAUCAGACACAGACAGUGACAUAGUAGAUCCUCCUCCAGCACAUAAACCAGCACCUCCACCAAAGAAGAAAACAGAAGUAAAAGCCCAUAUAACUGCUCAAGACAUUCAGAUUGUGCACUUAGACCCGGUAAAAGCAGAAGAAGAGAUUAUUGCACUACCCAUACAGACACCUUAUUAUGAUAUCUCAGCAUCAGACUGUGAGAAGAGGACUUCCUGUCACAUGGACCUGGAUGUCCAGUAUGCUGAGCUGGAUACAUCUGCCCUGGCGUCACCUCCCAUCACCGGGAGCUCCUUCCACGCCAGCGGAGACCUUGUCGAGUAUGCAACUAUCCAGCCUCUCUUACACUAA